GCUGGUGCCUAGACUCGGGCGUGCUUUGGCGCCGUUCGGGGCGGAGAUGAUGGAAGACAUGGCCUUGAGCUUGUGCGAGCUCAAUUCUGAGAAAUGGGCCAUCAGUAGCAGUAAGGACCCGCUGUUGCUGACACAUGCCGUAAAGCAGCAACUUACUGGGGCCUCUCUUAUCGCGGAACGCUCGUUCCGGGAGGUGGGUGCAGUUCUGGUUCAGCUGGAGGAGAGCCAGGCGGGUCGCCAGGCCUUGGAGGCGGAGAAGCAGAAACUGACCCAACAGGUCGAGGGCAUGAAGGGGGAGGCUAUGGAGAAGAUUAGCCAGGCCCGGCGCACGGUCGAGGAAGAGGCGGAUAAGAAAUAUCUUGUCUAG